AUGCCUGCCUGCCCCUUUGCUGUGUUGGGAUAUCUUCUUCCCCUCCCCUCCCAGGUCUUUCCAAAAUGUUUUCCUCUGUGAAUUCAGUUGUGAGGCUUGGCCUGCGGAGAGCGGGGGAGAGGAGCUGCUCCACACAGCAGAGCGAGUGGCUCAUCUGUUUGGCACACAAGGAGGCUGCUUCAGCGACAGUGUCUGUUUCAGAAAGAGCCCCGGGGAGCUCGGGACUCGAAAGGCUUACAUGAAGCGGCUCCUUUGA